GACAAAGCUCUCUCAGCUACUGGCUACAAGAGUGAAUUGGAUGCCAUUCAGUGGCUACUGUCGCAUUUGGAGGAUCCUACACUCGAUGAGCCCCUUCAUCGCGAAUUUUGUUUGUUUCUUUGUGUUCGUUCGGAAUUGGCUGACAAGGUGCAAGAAUUUUGGAAUUCAAGUCGUCUUCAUAAGGAAUGGAACCAUGCCCACGAGUUCCCUCCACAUAUAACAUUGCUCUCGAACCUCAGCGUUCCUGAUGACAAAGUUAUUUCAGUUCACGCCGCUUAUGAUAAACUGCUAGAGGAGCAUGCGGAUUUGCUUAAUAUUAACCAUGUUCCUCUUAAACUCGUGACAUCUGCUAAUUUCAUCGGUUACAUUGUUUCGAGUGACAAAGUUAAUGCGAAUCUCGAAAAGCUUUGCCGUACUUUUGUGCAGGAACUUUUAAAUGUUGGUGUAUCAUUUGAAGAUGACCCCUUAGAGAGGUGUAAAUCAAGCUACCACUUGUCUCUCGCGUAUGGCUUUCCGUCAGUAAGCAUGGCAAGCCUAGGCGGGCUUCAAGAUACCUACGACACACUGCCACCUCCCUCAAUCACUUGGAGUCUGGAUCUGUUUUCAAGUGACUCGAGGUUAUCUGCAAAAGAUUCAGAGCUAUGCGAAAUGCAAACGACAGUGGAAAUUGACGACGCCUUAUUUGCGAAGUUGUCGUCGAAGGAUAAGUUGCACAGUGGAAGUCUUCUACCGGAAGCUUGCGAAUUGGACGUCGACCGUUCGUCGCUUCCAACCUCUUCUGUUAAAUCAUGUUGCAAUGAAGAUUCAAGCUGUCCGCAACUGCUUUUCCAAACGCAUUUAGGUGACGUUGUCUCCACCACUACCCCACCACAACUUCCUAGCACACUGGCACACAAGGCCGGCGACUACGUACUGCUGAUUGGAUCGUGCAAUUUAGGUGGUCAGUUUGGUGUCCCAGUUGGUCUUAACCUCUCAACCGGCCUAACGGGGGUUUUCAGUUUAGCUUCUGCACGACGAAUCCCCAGGUGGUACGCCUGGGUAACACAUAGGUCCGAAUUGGUCGUUGGGCGCACGGGAGAGGAUUACUCCACAGCCGAACCAUCCAAUGUAUUUAUAGCUCCAUCCCGGAUUCCCGCCUCGUUCUCGGUCCCUCUUGAUUUUUGCGAACCAUUGGCAACAUUAAAUGUUGACAGUUCCACAUCGGCCGCCACAGUAGCAGGCGGUAGUGGAGGCUUUUGUUCCAAGUUCCUUCUCCGUAGCUGCCGUCGGAAAUCAUCUUCGUUUACCUCCCAACCCUCCAUUACAGUUGGCAGCGGGACAAAGACUGGUGCCAAAACACACUCACCUCCUGCCCCUGGUAGCUCUUUCUUCGUUUCCCGAUUUUUCGGAAGCUUUCUUUCGAGUUCUAGCAAUGGGGCUACUCAGCAACAGCAGCCUCAAAAGUGUCAAAGGCGGCUCUAUUUCAUGCGACAUGCUGAGCGCAUCGACAUCUGUUUUGGACGGGCCUGGACCACGCGAUGCAUUGACCGACGAGGUUAUUUGCGCAAAAUGCGGUUUUAUUCAUCUAAAUGA